GGGCGGAGCGCGAGGCAUCUCAGAGGAGCCGGAGAGGAGGCGUGCGGGUGGGGACUGCGGCGCACUCGAGUCAGCGCACGGGGACCGCGGCUGUCACUGCGCUCCGAGCAUCCCGGGGCUUCCCGAGUGGACGAGCCCGGCCCUGCGGGAGUUGCGGGUCCAGCCCCAGCCCCCCGCCCCUCUCGCAGCGCUGGUGGAGCCUCACGCCCCGGGCGAGCGUUAGUGAUUUAGCACAAAGCACGUUUCCAAAAAGCCGCGCUCUCGCGCACGCACCUUCUCCCCCCUUUGUUUCGGGGGUCGACCGGCCGCUCUCCUCCCCAAGUCUGAAUUCUUCAGAAGGGGCGGAGGGCCGCCGAGUCUCGGCUGGGAAGAUGCCCUUGGAACUGACUCAGAGCCGGGUGCAGAAGAUCUGGAUCCCGGUCGACCACCGCCCCUCGCUGCCUAGAUCCUGUGGGCCGAAGCUCGCCAACUCGCCCACGGUGAUCGUCAUGGUGGGCCUCCCUGCCCGCGGCAAGACCUACAUCUCCAAGAAGCUGACCCGCUACCUCAACUGGAUCGGCGUCCCCACGAAAGUGUUCAACGUCGGGGAAUACCGGCGGGAGGCCGUCAAGCAGUACAGCUCCUACAAUUUCUUCCGGCCAGACAACGAGGAGGCCAUGAGAGUCCGCAAGUGAGGCCCGGGCUGCGGGGCGGGAGGUGGGGUGGGCAGGGGGCUGUGUCGCUUUGCUCCGUGCCCCUGGUUGUGAGGGAGGCACUACCCACCCCCCCAUAUAGCAGCCCUGGCCUCUGCGCCUUGGAGCCCCCCUGCCUUCCUCUGCUCCCAGAUGGUCUGAUUCCGCUGAUGCAAUGCAGACCACCAGUAACAGCUCAUUCAGAACGAGCAAAAUUGUUUUGCUGGAAAAGUCGUCUGUUUGUGUUUGAAAAGGAGUUUUUUUAAGCCCAAGGGACCCCAUGUGUGGGGGCUGCACUUUAGAAUCCCGCGGGAGCUCGGCACCACCCCGAUGCCAGCCCUGCCUGGACGGGACCUGGGCGUCGUGCUCUGAAAGCUCCCAGGGUGGGGGGCUCAGUGUGCAGCCCCCAGGAGACCAGCUCCCCAGGGCCGUGGCCGUGGGCAGGGCUCUGGUUGGGAGCCCGGAUCCGGUGGUCCUGGCCCCCUGCACAGUUUGGCAGUGGGAUCCUGGUCACCCCACUUGCUGGGGCAAGCUGGGGGUGUCUGGCUUUCCCCUUGGAUGGACUGGCUCUGAGGCACCCGUGCUCUUUCUGUGUCGCAGGCAGUGUGCGCUGGCUGCCCUGAGAGACGUGAAAAGUUACCUCACGAAGGAAGGGGGCCAAAUUGCGGUUUUUGAUGCCACCAACACUACUAGAGAGAGGAGACACAUGAUCCUUCAUUUUGCCAAAGAAAAUGAUUUCAAGGUGUUUUUCAUUGAGUCUGUGUGCGAUGACCCUACAGUCGUGGCCUCAAACAUCAUGGAAGUGAAGCUCUCCAGCCCGGAUUACAAAGACUGCAACUCAGCAGAAGCUAUGGACGAUUUCAUGAAGAGAAUUAAUUGCUACGAAGCCAGCUACCAGCCCCUCGACCCUGACAAAUGUGACAGGGACCUGUCCCUGAUCAAGGUGAUCGACGUGGGCCGGCGGUUCCUGGUGAACAGGGUGCAGGACCACAUCCAGAGCCGCAUCGUGUACUACCUGAUGAACAUCCACGUGCAGCCGCGCACCAUCUACCUGUGCCGGCACGGCGAGAGCGAGCACAACCUCCAGGGCAAGAUCGGAGGGGACUCGGGCCUGUCCAGCAGGGGCAGGAAGUUUGCCAGCGCCCUGAGCAAGUUCGUGGAGGAGCAGAACCUGAAGGACCUCAAGGUGUGGACCAGCCAGCUGAAGAGCACCAUCCAGACGGCCGAGGCCCUGCAGCUGCCCUACGAGCAGUGGAAGGCGCUCAACGAGAUCGACGCGGGCGUCUGUGAGGAGAUGACCUACGAGGAGAUCAGAGACACGUACCCCGAGGAGUACGCGCUGCGGGAGCAGGACAAGUACUACUACCGCUAUCCCACCGGGGAGUCCUACCAGGACCUGGUCCAGCGCUUGGAGCCGGUGAUCAUGGAGCUGGAGCGGCAGGAGAACGUGCUGGUUAUCUGCCACCAGGCUGUGCUGCGCUGCCUCCUGGCCUACUUCCUGGACAAGAGCGCAGAAGAGAUGCCAUACCUGAAGUGCCCCCUUCACGCCGUCCUGAAGCUGACGCCCGUCGCAUAUGGUUGCCGCGUAGAAUCCAUCUACCUGAAUGUGGAGUCGGUGAGCACACACCGGGAGAGGUCAGAGGAUGCAAAGAAGGGACCUAACCCGCUCAUGCGACGCAAUAGUGUCACCCCACUAGCCAGCCCCGAGCCCACCAAAAAGCCUCGCAUCAACAGCUUUGAGGAGCAUGUGGCUUCUACCUCCGCUGCCCUGCCCAACUGCCUACCCCCGGAGGCGCCCACGCAGCUGCCCGGACAAAACGUGAAAGGCUCCCCCAGCAGCGCGGACGCCUCCAGGACGCACUGACGCAGCCCCGCCGCUGUGCCUUCCACUCCUGCAGCUUUGCUCGAGCCCUUGCGCCUGCCCGAGGCCAGCGAUCCCGAAGACUUCGAUCCCGAAGACUUCUCCCCGGGCAGCGCGGAGGAGGCGCUGCUGCGCCCGCACCCGCCAGGCAGCGUCGGGCACCGCCCGCCCCCGCUGUGCUCCCCGCGCUUCCGGCUGUGUCCCCGCCCCUCGGACGGACGAUGCGCGGCGGAGGCGGAUUGUGGGCGCUUCGGUGCUGGGUGCUGGCUUGUUCAUCUCGUUUCUGUUCGUUCCCCGCUGGGGAGGUGGAAGUGGCCCCCGAGUCCUAACCUUGCAGGGGGCCUAGAUCCCAGCUGCAGAAGGUUGAGGGACGAUGAAAGCUUUCAAGAGGCUUUUGGUGCAUCUCAGCCUGGAGGUUGCCCGGGUUCCGGAAGAAGCUGGUCCCCGAGUUGGAGAGAGGAGCUGGGAGCUGGACCUGCGGUCAGUCGAGCAGCCGGUGUCACCCACCUUUCCAGGUCCGUGUCCUGACGCGGAAGAUGUGGGACAUUCUGGCUGUGGAGGCGGGAGGAAAUGCUUUGCGGAAAUGGCACAGGCCCUCCCUCCCAGGGGAGGCCCCCGCCUGGAUCUCGGUCUCCUGGCACACGGCUCCGCCCCGCACUUUCUUAGGGCAGAGCCCGCCGCCGCAGAGUCACACCUGCUUCCGGAACUUAGAUGUUUGGGUCUGUGCCCUUGGGGCUGGUGCCCUGGAAGGAUGUGGGAGUCGUUGGGGACCUCAGAGAGACCCCCUCCUACAACGCCCAGAGAGCACGUGUUAGAGUCAUUGCAAGGCUGACCCGGCCGGUGGCGUGGGGUCUCGAGGCUCUGGUCUCCUGCUUCAGGGCGUCCCUGCAUCACCUCCCAGUGACAGUGGCUGGAGCCAGGCCUUGCUGACGGCCACUUCCUCCAAGAGACUGUCCUCUGGUCUCUCCAUCUGCGACGGGCACCUGCUGUAUGUCCUGCGUGGGGCUGGGCUCCUUGGAGGACUCUAGAGAAGAGAAUGUGCUUGCUUGCCUUUGUGGCCCCUGUGGCGUUUGGGGAAGAGGGGUUCAAGCAGAGCUUGUGGACUUGUGGUUCUAAACACCUGUAGUUUCUUCCUGCUGGUUUUCCCCUGUUGGCCCAGGAGAAACGAUUUGGACUCAGCAGCAGACGUUGUCCAAGUGACCCUUUUUCAGGAUCUCUAAAAGCGGUGCCAAAGGUCACCUCUUCUUCCUGCCUUCUCCUUUGGGGCCCCACGUCCCUCCGCCUCUUAGCUUGUGAACAGUCCUUGGGGGUGGAGGGGGACGUUUAGACAGCUGGAGCUGGGGGCGGAGAGGAGCCGUUUUUGUUUUUGUUUUGUUUGAAAGGAGCUUUUAGGAAACGCACGUGUCUGUGUUUGGGAUUCAGGGGGAAACGCGGGUGCGAGGCAUACGUCCUGUAACCAGGCUUCUGGGUUUCCCACCAAACCGCUCAAAUCCCCGCUUCUCUUCAUCCUUCAUUGGCCAUCUGCCCAGGUGACACCUGUCUGUCCAUCCCUGGGCAAGACUCGGGUCACUCUCCCCCUUUCCCGCUGUCUGGUUAGGCACUGCGUGUGUGUGUGUGUCUAUGUGUGUGUUGGAUGUAUUUUCAGACGGAGGGCCCGCAGCUCUUGAGGAGAGCUCUUGUCAUAUUCUCGUCAUUUGUCCCACUUUCUGGCUCCUCCUCUGGCCAUUGGCACCGACUCUGAACUUUGGCUCUUGAGGCUGAUCCAAGUGGGGGCCGAAUGAAGGUGGGUUCACCCUCGCCUCUGACGGCCCGCAUCCGUGCCCACACGGAGGAGGCCUGGUCUGACCCUGGUUUGGUUGGCAGGGACCUCGAUGGGGAGGGGAGACGCGGAGAGAGCAGAAGGCUGCAGACUGGAGCCAGGACGGGGCUUGGGAGGAGGGCGGUGUAGACCGGCGGGGGGUGUCUGAGCCGCGGUCGGUCGUGGGGCCUCUGCUGUGCUGGCCAUUGACUCUCACUCCCGUGACCCUCGUCAAAUGCUGGGACCGAUGUUACCUUUGCCUGUUUGUUUUGGGCGGGCUCACCGCCUUCCUUCCUCUGUCCUGAGACUGCGCGCCAAGACCUUCCUUUCGGGGGAAAAGAAAGACUGAACCACGCCAAGGACGUUUUCAUUUCUAAUACUUGAAGUUUAUUUUUUUAUUAUUUUGAUAGCAGAUAUGCUAUUUAUUUAUUUAAUAUGUAUAAGGGAUCCUGAAAACGGAAAGCUGUAUAGAUGGGGUUUCGUUGUGGGUUGGCUUGGGGGCCUUUUACAUGUGACUUCCGACUCUGUGUGUUCUGUAUAAAUUUGUCUGAAUUAAUUACCUGGGAUGAAGCUGUGCCAGCUUUCAAACAGGGGAUGCCUAUUGGAAAUUUGUAUAUUUUGCAGUUGCCAGAACAAUAAAAUUCCUGGUUGAAAUACA